AUGACAACUAAAUGCCUAGUUUUGUCUGCUUUGGUCAACAAAACUAGGCAUUUAGUUGUCAUGAAGAGACAUACGUUUGACAAGGAAUUACAUGCUUACAUCAAUAAGACCGAAUGUGAAAUUAUUGACGACAAAAUAAUUGUAUCUUUGGACAGAAGGGUCAAGAAGUUAGAACGCUCAAGUCUCGCUUUGCCUUUUCUGAAGAAAUGUCACAAUCCAAGUUCAGGAGCUCCAAGAUUAUUUGCGUUUGCUAAGACGCACAAAACCGGAAAUGAAUUAAGACCAGUGGUAGAGAAGUGUAGGGGGCCCACCUUCAUCUUAGAAAAAAGGCUACAUAAAUAUUUAUCCUCACAGCUAGAAGAUGAUAGACUGGUGGCAAAAGAUCCUCUUGUGGUAGUGAAGGAAGUGCAAGAUAUUUCUUUAAUGGAAGACGAAGUAGCGACCGUUUUAGAUUAUGAAAGUAUGUAUCCUUCAGUAAGGAUUGAAUCAUGUGUGGGGGCAUUAUUGAAUUUCAUGUACAACAACAACCCUCAGUUGCUUAGUUACACCCAAGACGUAGAGGAACUAGCUAGCCUGGUAUGCCAUCAAUCUUGUUUUACUUUUUGUGGUCAAAUAUACAAGCAGAAAAGAGGGGAUCCGAUGGGAAGUCCCCUCUCUGGAAUUCUUUGCGAGUUAGUAGUUAGAAGAUUAAAAAGAAGAGUUCUACGAAAUUUUACGGAAGAUGUCAUACAUUUCGUCAGAUAUGUGAAUGACAUUUUUAUAUUAUGGAGAAAUAAUAGCAGGAUACAUGAAUUUUUGAAUAGAAUCAAUAAUAACAAAGAUGGUCUUAGAUUAAAAUUAGAGCAAAAAAGUACCUUAAAUGUGCACUUCUUGGACAUUAAUAUCAAGUUCAUGGGAGAUCAUUUGUCCACCAGCGUAUAUAUUAAACUUACUCACACCCCGCUAUAUAUACCAGCACAGUCCAUGGAUCCAUAUCGAUAUAAAAUGGCCGCAUUUCAAACUUUGAUAAGAAGAGCCUAUUUGUAUUGUGAUAGAAUCGGUGACAGGAAUAAAGAAAUUGACAGAAUAUUGCAAGUAGCCCAGACCCUAGGUUACAAGAAAAGCACCAUUGUAGGCUUACUCAAAAAAUAUGAAAGGAACAAAGAGAGAAAAAGCUUAAAUACCGCUCCCAAUAGACGCUUGAAGUUUACAUAUAACAGUAAUUUGAACAGUAUUAUGAAAGAAGUUGCUAAUAGGAAACAAGCAAGAAUGGUUUUAAAAAGAGCCCCAAAUUUAUAUAAGAUAUUGAGGAAUGAUAAGGAUAGAAUAAAAACAGAAGAAAAACCAGGUGUCUAUAAAGUUCCUUAUGAGAACAUCCAACUAGAUGUUAAGAAAGACUACAUCGGCGUCACCAACAGGAGCUUAAAAGUAAGACUAAAAGAGCAUCGUUAUAACGUAAAAAAAGGAUCCAAUGCUACAGUUUUGUCGCAAAUGUCGCAAUUCCAAGGUUCGGUGGUGAAAUGGGACGAGGCAACAAUUAUAAAACCAGUAUCUUCCCCCACUUUAUCAAUGACGACGGAGAAGAUUGAAAUAUAUAGGAGGAGGCUACGUGAGGGAUGUUUAAAUGCGAAAGAUGCUGAGAGCCUGUCGUCGGCGUGGAAAUAUAUGAUUAAAAAGUGCACUGAAAACUCAAGCUAG